GUGACGGGCGCGGCCCGGAAGCGGGGCUGCCGGGGAGCCGGGAGCUGAGAGCCGAGCCCGCCAUGGCCGAGACCGACCCGAAGACCGUGCAGGACCUCACCGCCGUGGUGCAGACAUUGCUUCAGCAAAUGCAGGACAAAUUUCAAACCAUGUCUGACCAAAUAAUUGGAAGAAUUGAUGACAUGAGCUGUCGCAUAGAUGACCUGGAGAAGAACAUAGCAGACCUGAUGACGCAGGCGGGAGUGGAAGAAUUGGAAGGCGAGAACAAGACCCCUGCUACUAACAAGAGUUAAAGUUGCCAAUAACUUAAGAUGAAUCCUGGAAGAUUUUUUUUUUUCUACAAAUCCUUGGAAUUACAUAACAGCUUUUUGCAACUACUGUGUGUAAAAGCAUUUUUAUAUUGUUACAGAGCUUGCAUUCCUAAUGUAUAUUGUAUAGUUAGGAAUAGGUUAGUUUAUAUUUUGAUUUGUGUACUGUAAUUUCACUUUUUGAAUUCUUGUUACGAGGAUCAAUUAGUUGUGUUAUUAAAACACAGAUCUUAGAGA